CCAAAAUGCCCUCGCUAUUAGAAGCCCUCGAGCGCAAAUAUGGCGCCAAAGGCGAAAUCAACCCGUGCAUAGACAACCUGCCGGUCGCCAUCUUUGUGCCCAAGCGGUCGCCGCGGCUCAGCGUGCCGACUCUGCUGGUGCUCAAUGACUGCGACAUCGACUGCGCGGGCGACGCCUGCGUGCUGGCUGACAAGUGCGCUGAUGUCGUUGAGCUGGAUAUAGCUAACAAUAAGCUUACGGAAUGGUCAGAGGUCUUCGCAAUAUUAGAGCAGACGCCGCGCGUGCGCUUCCUAAACCUGAGCUUCAACCGUCUCUCGGCACAAAUCCAGGCCGCACAAGCUCUCAACCCUCGCUGGGACAGCCUCAGCAACCUCGUGCUGAACUCCACAUACGUCGGCUGGUCCAACGUGUACGCACUCCUCAAGGCUCUGCCAGCUCUCGAAGAACUGCAUUUGAGCCUCAACGAGUACUCUUACGUAGACCUCAGUGGCAAGGAAGUUGACGAGAAGGACAGAUGCGAUGCCUGUUCACGUCUCAAAGCGCCAGACUCCUACGAACCCGUACACGAGGGCUUGAAGAAACUCCACUUUUCCGGGAACCCUAUUAACAGCUGGCGGGAAAUAUCGAAGUUGGGAUACGCUUUCCCGAAUUUGGAAACGCUGUUGGUCAACGACUGUCCUGUCAAUACGUUGGAGCCGGAUCCUUGUGAGAAAUGCGGUGACGGCAAUGGAAAUAGAAAGAGUCACGAUGCCUUCCCACGCCUCCGGUUCUUGAACCUGAACAACACGGGCCUCGGGACGUGGGACGAAGUGGACAGGCUCGCGCAGUUUCCCUCGUUGAAGAGUUUACGAGUACAGGGUUGGCCGCUAUGGGAGCGCCUGGAAUCCACGGAGCACGAGCGGCGGCUGCUGCUGGUGGCUCGGCUGCCCCGUGUCCGCACCCUGAACGGGGGAGGAGCGGUGCCCGAGGAGGAAAGGGACUCCGCCGAGAGGGCCUUCAUUCGGUACUACAUGGAGAAACCAGAGAGCGACCGCCCGGAUAGGUACUGGGAGCUGGUGGGCGUGCACGGCAAGUUGGACCCGCUAGUGUCCGUGGACCUCAGACCCGAGAAGCGGGUGCAGAUCACCUUCACCUGCGGGGAAAACAGCGAAGUCCGCACCGUUGACGUUUACAGAACUGUCGCUGACCUGAAGACUAGGCUAGAGCGAUUGGCCGGCUUUCCAGCGUCCAAAAUGAGACUCUUCUACGUCGAUCAAGAACUAAGAGACUCUCAGUGCCAUCAGGGGCCGGAAGAGAUGAAGUACCCGACCAAGCAGCUAUACUCCUACAACAUCCGGUCGGGCGACGAGAUCAUCAUCGACUCGAAGCUGAAGCACUCGAUCUCGACCAACUCGACCGCGUGAGACGCCGUCGAGAACCCAUAGUUGCCAGCGUUCACGUUAAUACCAUAGACAAAAAUGUU